CUCAGAGUCUGCUUUGUGUUGCGGACGCGAAACCAUUUAGUUUCAAAACACACGCGGUCGUGUUAACACGUUGACUUGAUCUCGCUGCUAAAAUAAAGUAUCGUUAUCGAAACAAAACUUUAAAAAGUUUCACGAAGUUAAGUGUAAACAAAAUGGCUAAAGAAACAGUGUUAGAUAUGACUUUACCUAAGGAAGCUCCCAAACCUGGCGUAGAAAAGCCGACUGGAGCCCUGGAUACAACGAAACCGUCCAAGGAGACCUCCAACGCAGUUAGUCCCGCAGUCCCAGCCAGGGAGAAGAUAAGCACCGCAGAUAGGGAUCUGAAUGGGUUCGGAAGCAACUUAAAGGAGCAGCUUCUGCCCAUAGAUAUGGACUCAAACGCCGACUCACACGCAGAUGGUGAAAGGAUAGAGAUGUUGCCCCACAAUGAGGACAAGAAAGGAGAGGACCACGAAAAUGACGGAGAAGAUGACAUUGGGUUCAGAAUGGGCAACGGAUCGGUGCACGGCGCGACGCCGAUGGCGGCGGGUGACCACGACGACGGUAAAUGGCCCGGGCUCGAUGCCGACGAAACGGACAACCCUUACGAUAAAGCUCAUGACGAUGCCAGGACGGUUAUUGAAGAAAGUCCCAACGUAAACACAUACCAGCAGAAGAAGAACCUUGCUCAGGGCAUGAUGGAUCUCGCACUGCUGUCUGCCAACGCCAACCAGCUGCGAUACGUUCUAGAAACGUCUGCCGGGGGACACCCAUACUACUACCCCAGCGUCGUACUCAUCUCCUUGAGCAUCAUUCUGCAGGUCGCCGUCGGCGUCGGGCUCAUCCUUAACAGCCGUUACGACGUCAAUCAUUACGUGGACAUCUGCAAGGCGGACAAGAUCAAUAACAUGACCGUGCUGGGAGUGUUCCUGGUCACCAUUGUCAAUGUCUUCAUCACAUCCUUCAGCGUGGCUCCGUCUAACACCGCAGUCAUACAGGCUGGCUAAUUCUACCACAUAGGGAAUGAAUUCUUUAAUGGCCUCAAUUUUAAGUAAACUAAUAGGGGCGAAGUGAGGAAAUUCUAUUCGGUCUGUCAGUUAGAUUAUCAAAAAAUAUAAGACUCAAAAAUUUGAAAGUUUGAGCUCGUUGCAUCAGUUCUAAGUGAAAAUUGUACCUAGACGUGAUGUCAUGCGAGCGACAUUUCAAAUUAUCAAAUGUAUCUGUUACCGCCUUAUUCCAAAACACGGACUAAACUGAGUUUUGAUUAAAACCUCAUGUUGUCUCCCUCUUCUCUUUAGAAAACAAAAGUAACAUCGUCAGUUUUAGUCCA